AUGGAGCCUCUCCAACUAGCACCAGCAGAUAAGGACUACAAAAGGGAGAAUCAAACUGUACAGUGGCCUGAAGUGGUCCCUUUGAUUGGGGAUCUCAUCAAAGCCGUGGUAGUCGAAAUAUACCAUGCAGAUGUCUCCUACGUGGCGCGCACUCCCUUCGACUCUGUUGGGGAACCAAUUGAGAAGUUUAUUGCGCGCUUGAAACUCAGGCUAGAGACAGAUUUUCCUACCUCCCCGCCUUUCACCAUCUACCAUCUCACGGAGACACUACUUCUGAAAGUACCAGGUUUCGAGCCAACGCGAGGUCUGAAGACGCGUUUUCAUGAGUUCAAAACAACAAUUCGUAACACAGUGACCAACGACGAAACCGUCAUUGAAGCAGACAACAAUUACUAUCAAUCAGGUAGCGCGUCGACAGAAACUCACGAGAACGAGGUGAGCGCACUAAAAUAUCUGCGCGCGUUGGAGCGAUGCAUACUUGUGCAAACAUCCAUCGAGGAGAUCAAUCAGCAUCUAGCAGAGUAUGGCUCCAGGAACACUACGGACUCAAGGGGCGAAAUGCAACCUGAGGAUUCGAGUUGCAUCCAGAUGAGCCGAAUCGGCUGGAUUGAUGAAAUGCGCGCUUUGGCAGCACAAGACGCGACUACGGAGGCAUCUCCAAAACGGUUAGGUUCGGAGCCAGAAGAAGACCGGCUUGUCAAACGAACGAAAAACGAGCGCGACCAGGAAGACGGCAAAAGUAACGCAGAGACCGGAAAGCAAAAAGACGACUUGGAGGACGAAUCUGACAUUUCGACCGGAGAUAUGAGCGUGGAUUAG